UAGAACUUUCAUAUAGAAAUACAGAUAACCAUAUACCGCGCGACGUUUGAAAACGUGAAGAUUUGUGAUUGGUCAAUAGUCAGCCGGCCGGCAUGGUGGCGCCAGCGAUCCACGUGGUAUACUUCGUAUAUGUAUAUGUGUGCUUCGGGAUUCUUCCAUCAUCAAGUUUAUUUGUAAACACGCGCAUCAAUGCGCAUCGCCUCGUAAGAUGGACGCGUACGAGUCACGUAAAAGAGAUUGGGAAGAUUUGGACGUUACCAAGGAAGAGUUAAAAAAUAUAACGGAGUGCCUGAAAAAGGAAGAAUUUCGUAAAUUACUUAUCGAAUACGCGGAAGAAGUGACCGAUCCAGAAAAUCGUAAGAUUUAUGAAAAGGAGAUCGCUCAAUUGGAGAAGGAACGGGGCGUCGACGUCACGUUCGUUAACCCCCAGCCUGGUUACGUCAUAAAAACUAGUGUCAACGGAGAAAAGAAAUGUUUUUUAAAUAUUAGUAAAAGUGACAUUGUCGCACGACCUACGAGUCACCCUUCCUACGAGGAUGGUCACCGUGGUUUACAAUGGUCAAUUCCUUAUACCCUGAUACCUCCUCGCGAUGACCUUGAUAGAAAAAACAUUCGUUGCUUGGUCUUCGAUGUUGUGUUUCAUCCUGACACGAUUUAUCUAGCAUCGAAGAAUGCUAGAUUUCGUGACAUCGUUAAUAACACUGCGAUGGAUGGUAUAGAGAAUAAUUUUAAGGUGAAGCUCGAUAGGAAGAAUCUUAAAUUUCCUAAAAUGAACUUCAAGGGCAUCUCUCAUCCAAGCGUGAUUAGGAAACAAUCGAAAGAAUCGCUAAAAGAGUCAAUAGAUAUGGAUCCAGAAAUUUAUCAGAAACUAAUGUCCAGUUAUGAUGAGAGUCGUGAGCAACAAUUUAAAUACAGAGAGGAAAAGCCAAAACGUGCACCACCAGAAACUAUUUAUUAUAAGAAUAAUGAUUCUAAAUUAGAAACAGAGAUCAAGGAAUAUGUCACUCCAAAAUUCAUGAUAAAACAUCAAACGGAUAUUGACAUGGAAGAUUUUGUUAACAGUAGAGAUGCAAAGAUGUAUGCAACUAUUCCUAAAAAAUUAGUUAUCAUUAUAGAUUUGCCAUUGUUAGGAAAGGCAACAGAUGCUAUACUAGAUAUCCAAGAACGUUCUCUUUACUUGAAGAGCGAAAAACCUGCCAAAUAUUUCUUACAAUUACCCCUGCCGUAUAGCGUUGAUGGAGAUCAUGGUAAUGCAAAGUUUGAUCCUAAAUAUAAAAAAUUAACAGUAAUAUUACCGGUCAUUCGUAAAUCAGUGAUGUUAGAAGAGAUGCCGAAAGAAGAUAGUGAUGUGGAUAGUGAUAGCAAUAGCUUUGUACCUGUCGUAUCCAACGAAUUAAGUGAAAAUUUAUUUACCAUGGAAUCAACUAUGAGUGAUUCCCUUUCAAAUUUAGUGCUAGAAGAAAAAACUAUUCCAAUGGAUUCAAUAAAUUCCAGUGAAACUUUAGAUGAUAAUGUGUUGCGGACUACUACUAAUUCAUUAGAAACUACAGUGCCCUUUAUGAAUGCUGAUAUAAAAUAUACAUUGCCAUCAUUUGCCUGUAAUAUGUAUGACAAUCAAAUAGCUUUUACAGUCAAUGUUAAAAAUGUUGACCCAGAUUCCAUACAACAUAGAAUCUUAGAAAAUAACAUAGGAAUACAUAUUUUACUCGCAUCAGUUGGUGCAGGAUUUUUCCCACAGCAUUAUUCCUUAUGUUUUAAGAUAGAAGAAGGUUCAAUAGAACAAGAUUCACUUGUCAUUGAACCAUGGGAUAAUAAUCUUGUAUUUAGUAUUAAGUUAAAUAAUUCUGAUAAUGUAUCUCAUUAUUUCGUUGGUGUGAAUGAAGAAUUCAUGGAAAGGAAAGAAUUGUCAGGCACCUUGUCAUUCAAAAAUAGAUUGAAGGAACUAAUGGAUACAGAGGAGAAAGAUUCUGAGGUUCCAGUAGAAGUCGAUGUUCAGAAAGAGGAUAGAUCUGUCAUCAUAAAUAUUCGCUCGAAUCAGUUGGAUUCUGAUGACGAGCAUGAAGAAGAUGAACAACAUAAUGUGAGUCAAAAUAGGAAAGGUAUAAUAAAAUCAAGAUCGAUUUCGGAAAGUAGCGGAGACGAAUUACCAAGUAGUAGUGGUAGUAUGUCGAAAGGAAUAUUAAAAUCGCAUCGUACUCAUGAUUUUUCACGUUCUGUAUCUGAAUCGAGUGCAGACGAAAAUGGUGUAGCUAUUUCUUCUGCAGAUUUUUCAUGCAGUUCAAUUCACGACCCUCAAUCGGAGUCAGAGUGUUGUAGUCUGAAAAAGACUGUACGAUUUAACAACGUUGUAUCUCGACAAUUAUUCAGAUCUAACUCUAGCAUUCUUGGCCAACGAAAGAAGAAUCAACGUAAAUUGCGAAACAAAAAACGCGCUCAAGAACGCAAAUUAAGCGAAAGCGAAAAUUCUGAAACAGAAGAACGUGAUAAGUAUAAGAUUACGCCGAAAGCGACACCAGAAACAGAAAUUUCUGAAAAUGUCAAAUCCAUUCUCAGUCGUGAAAAACAUUCGGGUAAACAGAAAUCGGCUUAUAUUAAAAUUAAGAAAUUAAAAAAAUCUAAAAAAAUACUUUCGGGAAAACGUAAAAGUAGCAUCGAAGAGGAAAGCACAGAAGACACACUCGAAACAUCGGUUAAAAAUUCAGAUCAAGCUGAAUUCAAAAAUGAUUUAAUAUUCGAUCUUGAUAUAUAGGUCACACAAAAAUUCACACAUUGAAAAAGUACACAUCGAGAAAAAGAAAUAGAGACGAGGUAAUAUGUGUGAUAAAUUUCCACUGUUAAGGGAAUGAUAGAAAUACGUUGUUCGUAAUAUUAUAACGAUUGCAAUAGCAAUCAAUUCGUCACUAAAUGUUUUUUAAAAAUGUUUCCGAAAAUCCACAUUAAAUGUGAUAAAAUUUUUUAAUAUUCUAAGUCUAAAGAAGUAUUAUGAUAAAAACAAUGAUUGCGUGAAAAUUAUUAAGAAAUAUUUACUCUAAUAUAGACUUUAAGGUCUAGUAUUAUACCAGUACUUUAAAGUCUAAGAUUGCUAUUGAAACGCGAUAAUAUAUGAUUGAAAAGAUUUUGUUAUAAUUAUAUUUUAUUAUAUAUUUCAUCUUAUGCUUUGUUUACUGAAAGAUAAGCAUACGUUUUUAGAAUUAUCUUCUGUAUAAGAUACAUGAAGAAUUUCUCUGUGUCAUUAUCUAUUACUUAAUUAUAUAUUCCUUGCGCACGUAAUUUAAAAGGUAUACUUUAUACAAGGAAGCGUGUAUGUUUUAAAGAGAAUCUCUAAAAAGAUAUAAGUGUGAACCUUUUAUCUCUACGUUUUAUUUUUUAGGUGAUUAUAUAAUGCAACUGCUCAUCAUAUUUCGAUAAAAGAAAAAUUUAUUAUAUACGUGAUUUUUAAAAUAUUUCAAUUCGAUCAAUCGAUGAAUUUUUUAUAUCUCAAGUAACUUUGAUUCUCCUGAUCUUUGAACUUGAUUCUCCUGAUCUAUUUUUAUUGGUAGUUGUAUUAUAUAAUAUUAAAAAAAAAAAAGAAAAGAAAAAAUCAUGCAGGUGAAAUUAUAAACAAAGGAGCGUAAAACCAAAAGUCACAUUAUGUAGUAUGAAAUUUCAAAAUCACCAAUUCUUAAUCGCGUAGCUCUUAUACAGAUUUAUAUAUGCCAAUAUCAUAUAUUUUAUACACAUUAGAAGAAAAAUGAAAUCAACUAGGAUAAUUAAUCCUAGUACUUCGAUCACAUAUCUUUAGCUAUGUUACACAUAAACCCAUAAAAAAAAAAGCUGCUUGCACAAAGAGCAAAGCAGGAUAAUAUACAGUUAUUUAAAAUUAUUUCUGUUGCUUAUAUGCAACUGGCACACAUGAAAAUAUUAAAAUACAACCUAUAGUAUUUAAUCGACUAUUCCUGUAUUAAUAUCAUUUAGUUGUAGAAAAAGAUAGUAAAAAGAUUAAAAAAAAAAAAAAAAGAAAAAAAAAAAAAAAAAAAAAAAAAAAAAAAAAAAAGAAAAAGAAAGAAAAAAAAGUAAAAAAAAAAGCGGAAAACUUGAGAACGAUUUAAUUUGUUUGUCUUUAUUAUAUUUAUUCAGACGUAAUUGACAUCAAAGCAAAGUUAUAUCAAAAAUGCUUUUAUUUUUCUUAUAUCAAUUUUUUGGUGGUUUUAUCAUACGACUUGUAGGUGGUGGAAUCUUAUCAAAGCCAGCAUUGUCAAAGACUGGUAAUAAAUCUCUAACUCUUUGGCCAGGAUAAAUUGAUGCAAGUUCAUUCCAUCUAAAAUAAAUAAAUAUUUAGAAAAUAUUAAA